UUAAUAAAUAAUAUUUUACAGUGCCCUACUUUUUAUAAGACAUUCAAAAAGUGUCACAAUAAUAAUAAUUUCCUAGUUUUCAUUUUCCAAGUCCAGAAUACAUGGAACCAAUAACUAUUGGACAGAACCUUCAAAGAAUACUCUUCUGACCCAUCUACAUGGAGUGCUGUCAGGUUUGAGGGAUACCAGAACAGGAGAGGGUUCUUGAGCAAGUCCAGGCUGUGGUUCAAGCAGCAGGACCCUAUGCUACUAUAAGUAUCUGUGGUGGGAAACAAAUGCCAUGUGGAGUUCAUAGGAGACCCCAAUAGGAAAAUCACAACAUAAAGCCCCUUGGUUCUGGAGGAAAGCUACAUCAUCUGCAGCAGAGAACUAUACACCAUUCAGAAAAGACCCUGCCUAGCUAUAGGGCCCUGGUGGAGAUAGAGCACCUGACCAUAGGAUAUAAAGUGACCCAGCAGCCAGAUUUUCCCAUUGCGUUCUGGGUUCUGUCAGACCCACCAAGUUAUAAGGGCCAAAAGCAAUCCAUCAUGAGAUAAUAGUGUUACACUUAGGAUUGGGCAUGACUUGGGACUGGGCAUGAGUAGAAAAGGGCCAGUAAGCUGGGUAAUCAGGACUCCCAGAGUUCCAUGUUGUCACCAUUGUUGCAUCAGUUCUCCUCAGCUCAAACAUGGCCACAUUUGGGGGUGGUGGAGGUGGGAACAAAAGAGUCUCCCUUAAGACCAGCUGGCAGAGGAGGGAAAGGACCGUGUUUGGUUCACAGUUGGGCUGACUUGGUUCCAAAGCAGUGAUGGAGAAGUUAAGUACUUGCAGUUAGCAGAGGAGCUAAUUCGUCCUGAGAGAAACACUUUGGUUGUGAGUUUUAUGGACCUGGAACAAUUUAACCAGCAACUUUCCACCACCAUUCAAGAAGAGUUCUAUAGAGUUUACCCUUACCUGUGUCGGGCCUUGAAAACAUUCGUCAAAGACCGUAAAGAGAUCCCUCUUGCCAAGGAUUUUUAUGUUGCGUUCCAAGACCUGCCUACCAGACACAAGAUUCGAGAACUCACCUCAUCCAGAAUUGGUUUGCUUACUCGCAUCAGUGGGCAGGUGGUGCGGACUCACCCAGUUCACCCAGAGCUUGUGAGUGGAACUUUUCUAUGCUUGGACUGUCAGACAGUGAUCAAGGACGUAGAACAGCAGUUCAAAUACACACAGCCAAACAUCUGCCGAAAUCCAGUUUGUGCGAACAGGAGGAGAUUCUUGCUGGAUACAAAUAAAUCAAGAUUUGUUGAUUUCCAGAAGGUUCGUAUUCAAGAAACUCAAGCUGAGCUUCCUCGAGGGAGUAUUCCCCGAAGCUUAGAAGUAAUUUUGAGGGCUGAAGCUGUGGAGUCAGCUCAAGCUGGUGACAAGUGUGAUUUUACAGGGACACUGAUUGUUGUGCCCGAUGUCUCCAAACUUAGCACACCAGGAGCACGUGCAGAAACUAAUUCUCGUGUCAGUGGUGUUGAUGGAUAUGAGACAGAAGGUGUUCGAGGACUCCGGGCCCUUGGUGUUAGAGACCUUUCUUACAGGCUGGUCUUUCUUGCCUGCUGUGUUGCACCAACCAACCCAAGGUUUGGAGGGAAAGAGCUCAGAGAUGAGGAACAGACAGCUGAGAGCAUUAAGAACCAAAUGACUGUGAAGGAGUGGGAGAAAGUGUUUGAAAUGAGUCAAGAUAAAAAUCUAUACCACAAUCUUUGUACCAGCCUCUUCCCUACUAUACACGGCAAUGAUGAAGUAAAACGAGGUGUCCUGCUGAUGCUCUUCGGUGGUGUUCCAAAGACAACAGGAGAAGGGACCUCUCUUCGAGGGGACAUAAACGUUUGUAUUGUUGGUGACCCAAGUACAGCAAAGAGCCAGUUUCUAAAGCACGUGGAGGAGUUCAGCCCCAGAGCCGUCUACACCAGUGGCAAAGCAUCCAGUGCUGCUGGCUUAACAGCAGCCGUUGUAAGAGAUGAAGAAUCUCAUGAGUUUGUCAUUGAGGCUGGAGCUUUGAUGUUGGCUGAUAAUGGUGUAUGUUGUAUUGAUGAAUUUGAUAAGAUGGACAUACGGGAUCAAGUUGCUAUUCAUGAAGCCAUGGAACAGCAGACCAUUUCCAUCACUAAAGCAGGGGUGAAGGCUACUCUGAAUGCCAGAACGUCCAUUUUGGCAGCGGCAAACCCAAUCGGUGGACACUAUGACAGAUCAAAAUCAUUGAAACAGAAUAUAAACUUGUCAGCUCCCAUCAUGUCCCGAUUUGAUCUCUUCUUCAUCCUUGUGGAUGAAUGCAAUGAGGUUACAGAUUAUGCUAUUGCCAGGCGCAUAGUAGACUUGCAUUCAAGAAUUGAGGAAUCCAUUGAUCGUGUCUAUUCCCUUGACGAUAUCAGGAGGUAUCUUCUCUUUGCAAGACAGUUUAAACCCAAGAUUUCCAAAGAGUCAGAGGACUUCAUUGUGGAACAGUACAAACGUCUCCGCCAGAGGGAUGGUUCUGGAGUAACCAAGUCUUCAUGGAGGAUUACAGUGCGACAGCUCGAGAGCAUGAUCCGUCUCUCUGAAGCUAUGGCUCGGAUGCACUGCUGUGAUGAGGUCCAGCCUAAACAUGUGAAGGAAGCUUUCCGAUUACUGAAUAAAUCAAUCAUCCGUGUGGAAACACCUGAUGUCAAUCUAGAUCAAGAGGAAGAGGUCCAGAUGGAGGUAGAUGAAGGUCCAGGAGGCAUCAAUGGUCAUGCUGACAGCCCUGCACCUGUGAAUGGAAUCAACGGCUACAGUGAAGACAUAAAUCAAGAUUCUGUUCCCAAAGCCUCCUUAAGGCUGGGCUUCUCUGAGUACUGCCGAAUCUCUAACCUUAUUGUGCUUCACCUAAGAAAGAUGGAAGAAGAAGAGGAUGAAUCAGCAUUAAAGAGGAGCGAGCUCGUUAACUGGUACUUGAAGGAAAUCGAAUCAGAAAUAGACUCUGAAGAAGAACUUAUAAAUAAAAAGAGAAUCAUAGAGAAAGUCAUUCAUCGACUCACGCACUAUGAUCAUGUUCUAAUUGAGCUCACACAAGCUGGAUUGAAAGGCUCCGCAGAGGGAAGUGAGAGCUAUGAAGAAGAUCCCUACCUGGUAGUUAACCCUAACUACUUGCUGGAAGAUUGAGACACUGAAAGCAACCGGCCAGAGCUGAGGAAUUGUGGCACCCCACCUCCCAACGUGGAGUCUGACGUGGAGCCCUAUUCCUCUGCUAGGGACAGAAAUGUUCCUGGGAGUGAUGCUUCAGGAUAUAGAAACAAAUAACUAAGUUGAUGGUCCUGUGUGUCAUAUUCCUGUCGCACGCUUUUAUACCGGUGCAUACGUCAGCACUUCCUUUAGUGUGCUGCUUGUCCUAAUGAAGUUGGGACUCAGCAGUGUGUGGUUUCUAUAACUAAGACUUCUGUUUUUAUGUGUAGGAAAAGGCCCAUUACCUUUAUGGUAUGUGAUGUCUUAUUAAGGAAAUAACUUUCUCAGUUGCCAACUACUACUUUUAAUUGUCAAAUAAAAUAACUUGUUCUGAA